AUGACUCAGGGCCUGGAGGCCGAGGAUCGUAGCAGGUUUACAACCUUCUUGGGAAUGAUACUCAAGGUUAGGUCCUUAGAACUCUUCUCCCCUAUAAACAGGAAUCUUCUCUACAUUCUCAAACAAGGCUUUCACAAGGACGUCAACACUUGUCACUUUGAGGUUAAAGUCCUGCAAGGACUCCUGAACUUCAGGGAUGUGGCCAUAGAAUUAUCUCAGGAGGAAUGGGGAUGCUUGAACCACAGUCAGCGGGAGCUGUACAGGGAUGUGAUGUUAGAGACCUAUGGACACCUCCUCUUCUUGGGUCUCAUUGUGUCAAAACCAGACCUGGUCAUCGUUUUGGAGCAAGAGGAGGAGCUGUGGGGUGUGAAGAGAAAGGAGACAGUAGCCUCACACUCAGGUAGGUGGGAGUGA